ACCCUGUGUUCUAAAGAAUGUCAAGUUUUUUCUCAUUAGAAACAACAGGAUUUAGUAAAGUUGACAAACAAAACCAAUAUCAGCAUCAUCAUCAUCAUCAAGAUCAAGAUCAAGAACAUGAUGAUGAUAUAAUAAUUAGCCCAUAUAGUUUGUAUCUAUUCAAGAAUAAUAAAGAGAUCUACAACAAAGGUUUUGAAUUAUGGCAACAAUAUUAUCAACUUCACCAGCAACAACAACAACAUUAUGGUGGUUGUGAUCACCGAAAAAAAAGUACUAGUACUAGUAGUGAAGGAGGUGGUGGUGGAAUGAUGAGGCAAGGUGGAGGAUACGGCGGUGGAAGUAGUAGUGGUGGUGGUGGUGGUGGAGUGAAUUGUCAAGAUUGUGGUAACCAAGCUAAAAAAGAUUGUCAACAUAUGAGGUGUAGAACUUGUUGUAAAAAUAGAGGGUUUUUAUGUCAAACUCACGUGAAAAGCACGUGGGUUCCGGCGUCUAAACGCCGAGAACGACAACAACAACUUAUGUCUUUAGCUUCACAACAAAAUUUAGGUACACAAAACCUUAGUUUGAUGAUGAGAGCCUCUGGUAGCAGUGGUGGUGGUGGUAGUGAUCAAAACCCUAAAAGACCAAGAGAAGAUCAUAUCUCUGGCACUGGUGGUGGUGUCGGCGGCAGUGGUGGUGGCAGCGGUGUCAACUUGCCGGUUGCACAACAUCACAACACUUCUUCAUCAGGGUUACAAGUGAGUCAUUUUCCGGCGGAAUUGAGUUCUCCGGCGGUGUUUCGGUGUGUUAGAGUGAGUGCAAUGAAUGAAGCUGAGGAACAGUUGGCUUAUCAAACGGCUUUAAACAUUGGUGGUCAUGUUUUUAAGGGGAUUCUAUAUGAUCAUGGACCGGUCGAUAGUGGAUAUAUGAACCACCCUGGUGAAGGUAGUUCAUCUGGUGGUGGUGGUGGCGGCGGCAGUGUUGGUGGUGCACAACUACAUAAUCUUAUAACUUCCGGUACAAUGGGCGCUACGACCGCCGCGACUACUACAAGUAUUAAUCAAGGGGUUAAUUUUAUUGAUCCUUCUUCAAGGUAUCCAACUCCUUUUAGUGCUUUUAUGGCGGGUACGCAAUUUUUUCCACCACCAAGAUGAUCUUGUGAAAAAGGAACACAAAAAAUGAAACUCUAGAAAAUGCUAAUUAUUGGUGAGGUAACUUUUGUUAAUUAU